AUGGCUUCUUCCAAAGUUUUCUCCAGUCUCAUAACAAUGGCUUUUCUCUCUUUCACUUCCUCUCUUGCUUUCCCAGGUUAUAAUUUUGGCUGGGGAGGUACUGGUCACUUUGGGGGAGGCUACUCUGGUCUGUAUCCGAAGUUCUACCAAUUCUCAUGCCCUCAAACUGAUGACAUUGUCAUGUCUGUCUUGGAGAGAGCCAUUGCAAAAGAGCCUAGGAUGGCUGCCUCUUUGCUUAGGCUUCAUUUCCAUGACUGUUUUGUUCAGGGGUGCGAUGCAUCAAUAUUAUUGGAUGAUAGCACGACAAUAGCCAGUGAAAAGAAGGCAGGACCAAACAGGAAUUCCAUUAGAGGAUUUGAAGUUAUUGAUGAGAUCAAAGCAAAGCUGGAAGAAGCAUGUCCUCAGACAGUCUCUUGUGCAGACAUUCUCGCCCUCGCUGCCAGGGGUUCCACUGUACUGCUAACAAAGACUAGUUGGUCUGGUGACCAGAGUGGUGGACCAAAUUGGGAACUGCCAUUGGGAAGAAGGGACUCAAAGACAGCAAGUCUCAACGGCGCCAACAGCAACAUUCCAGCACCAAACUCCACCAUCCAAAACCUCAUAACACUCUUCAAUCGCCAAGGCCUUAAUCAAGUAGACCUUGUUGCACUUUCUGGUGAGUUUAUUGGACAAGUUUGUGUAGGUGGUCAUACCAUAGGGGUAGCAAGAUGUGUGACAUUCAAGCAGAGAUUGUACAAUCAAAAUGGAAACAACCAACCAGAUGCAACUUUGGACAGAACUUAUUCCAAUGGUCUUAGAACAGUUUGCCCGAAAACUGGUGGCGAUAACAACAUCUCCCCCUUGGACUUUGCCUCCCCUGUCAGAUUUGAUAACACAUACUUCAAGCUCAUUUUGUGGGGAAAAGGACUUCUCAACUCAGAUGAAGUUCUUAUGACUGGAAAUGUUGCCCAAACUGUUGAGUUGGUGAAGACGUAUGCAACAGAUGAGGGUCUCUUCUUCAGCCAGUUUGCAAAGUCUAUGGUUAACAUGGGAAACAUUAGUCCUCUGACUGGUUUUAAUGGUGAAAUUAGGAAGAACUGUCGUCGAAAUAACUGA